AUGACACACCGAAUAAAUGUGGGCCCGCUGAAUCUAACUGCUGCGCUAGUCCGCCGCGCACGCGCUUCUCUUUCACAAAACACGUCGAUAGGAGCAGCGCGGCGCAAGCGCAGGACCGCAGCGUCUCCAAAAAUGGCGCUGGCAGGACAUGGUGAGCUCAAACAUGGAAAAAUUAACAUGAUCUGUCUCAGAAAAUACCCACAUAAAAAAAAAACAGGGGAAAGGCAAAUUCUCGGAGACGAUGAUCUUCCAAAAGAGAACUUUCCCUUCAAAAUAUUUACCGGUUCAGAAAAGGAUGGAUUGGCACCAUACACGAUAACCUUCGAAUGA